GUGUUGUGCUGUUUCCUGGUAGUGAGGAAUUGCUUUCACUUGUUCUCACACGCUUAGACGCGUUCAGAUCGUGGGUACAGGACACCGUGUUCUUUGACAGCUUUGACAGCUAUCGAGGCCCUUAUAAGCACCGCAACUCCACUUUCAAACAUACUUUAAUCUACGCUCUCUGCGUUGUCACCGACUGCCCUUAAAAAAGCCAGUAGCUUUCGCUGACAAGCAGCUCGCGCACUAUCAUUUACGAUUAAUACAGGCUUCCUGUACGACCACAUUCCGCCUCUAGACCGGCUACAUCACACCUUGCCAUCAUGGCAGACGCCAAGCCCACACUCGUCGCGCAGAUCCUCCAGCGCCUCGCCUACGAGUUCGCAGAGGCGCGACCCAUGCUGCCGACAUACUUCCAUCUAAUCUCCUCCGCCCUUUUUCCCAUCUAUACCGGCGCGCACGCCUCGCUCUCCCGUCCGUCCACAGCCGCGAAACCCACAAAGAAGAAGCGCAAGGCUCUGCACCGCAAGGGCUCAGAUACUGAAGAUGAUGACGAGUCCAGUGAUGAUGAUGAGGACGAGGAGCAGCACAACAUGGAGGGUUUGUCUCCGAAAGACGCCAUCCUGAUGCCUCUGUUCGCAGGCAUUGCACUGUCUGGGCUGUACUUCCUUCUUAAGUGGAUGAACGACCCUACAUUGCUGAACAAGAUCCUCAACGCCUACUUCGCUAUAUUCGGCGUCUUCUCUGUAUCGAAGCUCGUCACCGACGUCUUGGACAUUGGGCACUCGAUCAUCUUUCCACGACGACAUGUCAUUGACGGUACGUUGUACCAUGUCAACGGCAAGGAGGAGAAAGCCAUACCAGUCGUAGGCAAUAUCAAAGGCAAGCAGCUGCUCAGUACGCCUUUACCCGGCUUCUUGGCGAGCACACCGCUAAACGAGAGUCUGAGGAAGAUAGUGUGGAACGAUCGCGCCAUGCCGGCGAACAAAUGGUCUCUGAAGCUGUACUUGCACCGCGCACUCGCCGCCAAGUUCAAGAUUGGAGCGCAUGGAAUUGUAGGCGCACUCACAGGACUGGGUGUUGUGGCAUACUUCAACUUCAUUGACAAGCCGUGGUAUCUCACGAACUUGCUUGGUUUCGGUUUCUCGUAUGGUGCACUGCAGCUCAUGAGCCCGACAACGUUCGCCACAGGAAGUCUGAUUCUAGGAGCAUUGUUCUUCUACGAUAUCUACUUCGUCUUCUACACGCCUAUGAUGGUGACCGUAGCAAAGUCUCUUGACGUCCCUAUCAAGCUCAUGUUUCCUCGUCCCGGUGACCCGAAAGAUCCCACCUCAGCCCCUUCCCAUGCCAUGCUAGGACUCGGCGACGUUGUCCUCCCUGGCAUCGUCAUCGGCCUUGCAUUGCGCUUCGACCUGUACCUCUUCUAUCUCCGCCGUCAGAAACGCGUACCCGCUGCAUCAGCAGAGGGCGCUGAGGCCAUUGAGAAGGCGGAAUACUUUCCGCUCGCAGGACGCUGGAGCGAUCAUUUCUGGACACAUUCGCUGACCGGACAGCCGCUGUGGGUAAAGGACGAUAACAAGCCAGAAGCACCAUUCACGUUUCCCAAGACAUACUUCAAGGCCAGUCUGGUCGGGUACGUACUAGGCUUGCUGGCUACACUGGGCGUCAUGAUAAUCUGGGAUCACGCGCAACCUGCGCUUCUGUACCUUGUGCCUGGUGUGCUGGGCAGUGUCUGGCUCACUGCAGCUGUCAGGGGCGAGCUGAGCCUGAUUUGGAACUACACAGAGGCUAUUGAGGAAAAGGAGGAUCGGAAGACGGGCAAGGACGACAAGGCUGUCAACGGCACCAAGACGGAGGGAAGUAAGCGUGUCACACGAUCGCAGAGCAAGGCCACCAAGGACAUUUCAGGGGACGGCGAGAGUGAUGAUGAGUCUAGUCGUCCUCGCCGAAGCAUGCGCGGAAGACCAGAGCGCGAGAUUUUCUCGUUCACCAUUGAGGCUCCGUCAAGCAUGAAGAAGAGCAAGGCAAACAAGAAGCACGCGAGAUCUUCCCCAGCUGACGAAAUCAAGACUGUAGCAAACAACAAUACACCAGGUCGGAGCACAGCUGUGGAGACAGGUGCUGAACCGUCCGGCAAGAGGCAGAGAUUGAGGUGAGCAGUCGACGGUAAGGAGCAGAACACGUUCACAUGCAAUGCAUAGCGAUGGCGUCCCUGCAUCGCGGCUCAGGAGCCGCUGCGUUUUUGAUUCUGAUCAGAAGUCAUCAAUGAUAUGC